AUGGUGGUGAUUGACUUAAUUUUGCAUGUUUCUUUGCUGAAUCUGAUAGCAUGUUCACCUUUCGAUAACUUGGAUAGAACGAAUUAUCGGAAGAAUGAAAUACCUUUUACUGGAGAUAAACCUGUCAACGUCACUGUUCAAGUUUAUUUCUAUUCAGUUGGACCAAUCGAUGAGGCUGACUUUACAUUCGAAACUGGCUUCUAUUUACGCCAGUGGUGGACUGACCAAAGGCUGCGCUUUAAUUCCACAAAACCACUUCGUACAACAUCCUUAGAUGAUCUGAUUUGGAUUCCAAACACUUCUGCAGCAGAUAGCCAUAGUGUAACAAAUUUCCCAAAUGCUAUUCGAACUGUUGUGGAACCAUCAGGAAACGUUUAUGUGAGCAGAAGGUUAAAAGUAGUAAGCACGUGUGAAAUGAACCUAAAUAACUAUCCAAUGGAAACACAGACUUGUCAUCUUUUAUUUGAGACUUGUGAGUUUUUCUCUUUGUGUUUGUUUUUGUUUUUUCCAAGAGAAAUUAUUUUUUUUAUUCUAAUUUGAGGGAGUGUGUAACUCUUCCCUUAUUUCAUAUUUGAUUAUUUGCACUUUUCAAACAGUGAAACGCUUUUUUUUGACACAAAAAUUGUUAAUGUAUGAACAGCAGUAUUAAAAAUACAUCACUUCAAUACUCUGUCGACGGUGUGAUCUUACAUUCAUAUGACAGCACGUUGUUAGUAAGUUUUCGUGAUGUCCAACUGCAGUUUGUUUGAAUAUAUGAAUAUGAAAAUAACUUUUAUUUGAAGAACAGCACGCAUUCCUAAGUACUUGCUUGUUUGCUAGUAACCAGAAAAAUCUUGUCUCCAGAACUCCUUAGAUUGUUUUAUGAA